AACGCUUUUAUCGACCUUAGCAGAAAACGUCACUUGGUUAAAAUUUAAGGUUAUGUUUACAUUGUCAUCUACCUUCUACCUUGAAAAAUGGGAUCAGAGCCUACUCCUGAAUCCCUUAAGGAAUUGGGAAACAAAGCAGUGCAGGAAAAGAAGUAUACCGAGGCAAUUUUACAUUACACCCAUGCAAUUAAACUGAAUCCCAUCAAUCACGUACUUUACAGCAAUCGUUCCUAUGCAUUCCUAAACGAGCAACAGUAUUAUUUAGCAUUGGAAGAUGCUAAUGAGACUAUCAGAUUAUCUCCUUCCUGGGCUAAGGGAUACUUUCGAAAAGCUGAGGUUGAAUUUGCUGCUCAUCAUUAUUUGGAAGCAUGUCAAUCGUAUAAAAAAGCCCUAGAACUCCAACCUGAUGAUAUAAAAAUUUUAGAGUCCUUGAACCGUGCCUCUAGAGAAAUCUUGAAAGCUCACAGGGCUGAUGAAACAACUCCUUGGCUUGGAGCCGGCAUUGGUCUUAUUGUUGGAGUUUGUAUAAUGAUUUCAGAUUACAUUUUCACUGCAAAUCCAACUCAUCCUAUUCUUAUGUCUUUAGUGACUAUCGUUAUUGCUAUGAUUGGAUAUGGAUUAGCAAAAACUUACAGAUACUUCAAUAGAGUUUCGAAAGAAGGUUUACUGGAGCCCCCUCCUUUGUUAGAUUUCGAUAAUGAAAAAGAACCCACCAAUGAAGAGGAACAUCGGACCCACACUCGUUAUACCAAAUCUCAAGCUAGACAGAGAUAUAAAAAGGGUAAAAUGUGAGAAUGUUUUCUUAUUUGUUAUUGUUAUUUUUUUUUUGAAUUUUUGAAUUGACCAAUUUAUGAUUAUAAAUAAAUAUA